AUGGUUCAAGUUCAAUUUCAACCAGAAUGCUUGUCCCCAACCAUGCCUCGAAGACUUGGUUACCACUGUCCAAUUGCAAUCAAUGCUUGUCUCACAGUGAAAAUCAAGGCAUUAGAAUAUGAUGUAGGAAAUAAAUCUUUUAGCCUUUUCAGAAUUAUCAUUUUCUUAUUUCUUGAAACAAUGAUGAUGAAGUCUUGUGAUCAACUGACUGCAGAGAAACCUCCUUCAUCUCCUGUGGAUCCACAGAGCUCCUUGUCGCGCCACGAAUCUGGAACACUUCUGUUCAUCAUUCUUGGAGGGAUUGCAGUGCUCAUCUUAUUGGUGAUUCUUGUGUUUAUAUUUCGGAAGCGUAUCAAAAGGCCAACAGCGUUGAUGGAGAAGACAGCUCCAACAAGUCAGCAGCAUGGUAAUUUGGAGAAAGCAUCACAAUUAAAUUCCUACACGUAUUGUGCAGGAUCCGUGUCCAUGGAGUUUUUUAGUGGAAACCUUCGGACAAUUAGCUACUUUGGUUUACAUACAUUGAGGAGGGCGACUAAAAAUUUCCAUCCCGGAAAUCUUCUUGGAAGUGGAGGAUUUGGGCCUGUCUAUAAGGGAAAGUUGGCAGAUGGAAGGCUAAUUGCAGUCAAGAAAUUGUCUCUUGACAAAUCUCAACAAGGAGAAAAAGAAUUUCUGGCAGAAGUGAGAAUGAUCACAAGCAUCCAACACAAAAAUCUGGUUCGCCUUCUUGGAUGUUGCACAGAUGGACCCCAAAGGAUACUUGUGUAUGAAUACAUGAAGAACAGAAGUUUGGACCUCUUAAUACAUGGAAAGAGUGAUCAAUUUCUGAAUUGGAGCACUAGAUUCCAAAUUAUUCUUGGAGUAGCCCGGGGAUUGCAAUACCUCCACGAGGAUUCACAUUUAAGAAUUGUUCACCGAGAUAUCAAAGCAAGUAACAUUCUUCUUGAUGAGAAGUUUCAGCCGAGGAUUGGAGACUUUGGGCUAGCUAGGUUCUUCCCUGAAGACCAAGCUUACCUUAGCACUCAGUUCGCGGGAACAUUAGGUUAUACUGCUCCUGAAUAUGCCAUUAGAGGAGAACUGUCCGAAAAAGCAGAUAUCUAUAGCUUUGGAGUUCUUGUGCUUGAAAUCAUCAGUUGCAGGAAAAACACAGAUCUUACUUUAUCAUCAGAAAUGCAAUACCUCCCUGAAUAUGCAUGGAAACUUUAUGAGAAGUCAAUGUUGAUGGAGAUUGUGGAUCCAAAGCUGAUAGAAGAUGGGUUGGUAGAAAAGGAUGUUAUGCAAGCAUUCCACGUAGCCUUCUUAUGCCUUCAAGCACAUGCAGAUUUGAGACCAGCCAUGUCAGAGAUCGUAGCACUGUUAACAUUCAAAGUUGAAAUGGUUAAAACACCAUCAAGACCAGCCUUCCUUGAUCGAAGGCGCAUAAUGGAUGAUGAAAACCACUCUUGGGGAGACAUAUCCGAGACUUUCACAACUCCAGUGACCAGUGAUUCUGCUUUCCUACGUAAAGCACCAGUAUCUGAAGACCAAUGA